ACCAAAAUUAUAUUUGUAGUGUUUUACAUCACUUUACAAUGGUUCCAAAUGAAGAAUUGAAAAAUAAAAUAGAUUCCAUAUAUACAGCAUGUGCCACCUCUAUUAAUGCAAAUUCGAUACGAGAUCAGGAUAAACUAUUAAACCAUGUAUGGAGCAUAACAAAACAUUCAUUACAAGAACAUCUAUUAAGUUACAAUCCAGAUAUUAUAAUUACAUUUACUCUUAAAUUUUAUUUACAUUACAAUAAAACACUGCGCCAUACUCAUAAUAUAUGUGAAUGGAAACGACGGCGGAAACGUCGCUUUGCUAAAGAGUGUUAUAAUAAUUUAUUAAAAAUUUAUAUUCCUGAAAAGUCUAAAGAAAUUUCGCAAGCAGUAGUUAAUACGAUUUAUGAAGAGAAGCUCUGGGAAUUUGAAACUGAUUGCUUUGAGGUACUAUGUACUUUGUUAGAAAGUGGUGUUAGUGGAGCGCUAAUGUUCCAUAUAAUAUGGGAUAAAAUUGAAAAUCCAAAUAUAAAUCCAGAAAACACAAGAAGAAUUAUAAGAAUAUUGUAUGAAUUGUUGGAUGUAUAUGAUUGGCCAGAUUCUUAUGACACCAUAUUAGUCAUUGAAAGAAUCCUAAAUCUUUUUUACAUAAGUGUAACUGAUACAAAAUUAAAUAACCAUAUUACUCCAUAUGCAACAUUAAAGAAGGGCCUAGAAGUAUGCAUUAUAAACAUGGUAAAACACGUGUGCAAUGAUCACCUUUUAAUUAUAGUGCAACAUAUGUGCUCAUGGGCUGUUGAGCCAGGAAUGACUGAUGAAAUUAUUUUAGAAUUUGGAAGCACACUUGAAUAUACAGCUUAUAUGCAUGAAGUUGCAUUAUAUGAGAAGACUUUGACUCCUAAAGUGUUUCCAUUACUCAUGGAUAUGAUAGCAUCAAAAAGCAAAAUAAUAAGCUUACUAGGUAAUAGAGUAAUACAAUAUUUAAUUGAUAGAAAAGAAAACAAAAUGAAUUUCGAUACACCAAAAAUAUUUUUUGAAAACAAUCAAUUCGAUUUGACAAUAGGAGAGUGUCUUAAAGAAGAUAAAUUGUUCUGCAAGCUUCAUAGGGAGAUUUUACACGAUAGUAUUUUAAAAACAGCUGCUAUAGUCUGCCUUAUAAUGAAUCUUCAAGACAUGACUUUAAGAAAAGGAAAACAUCAAGCUGAAGUAUCUUAUCACCUGCAUGCCAUAAUAAUCGCAAUUAUGUCUCUUUUAUGUUGGGUUCAUAAAGCCAAAGUAUUUUAUGAGUAUGUAAACAAAAUUAUGCUAGAGAGAGCACAAUGGGCUCCACAUUUAAAUCCACCUAUUCAAUCUCAAUAUAAUUUUGCAGCACAUCAUAUACUUUGGGAUAAGCCAGAUUUAUUUUUUGUAGAUUGGGAGGCUCGUUAUGGUCUAUGGAAAUGUUUCAGACUACGUGAAACCGAUGAUUACACAAAUGAACUAUGAAUAUUAGUUAUACAUUUCAAUAAUGUAGCAGCUUUCAGUUAUUAAUAAAUCAAAUUACACCUUUAA